AGAUAGAAGAAGAGCAGACGCAGAGUGUGAAUCCAAGUGAAGGAGAUGGUGAUAAAAAGGUAUGAAAUAUUUAUACAUCAUACUAGGAAUUAAGAUAUAAAUGUAUCUGAAUUUUUGUCAUUCAAAAAGGGGAAGGCGAAGGCUGUCGCUUGUAAGAAGAAGAAGAAAGCAAAUGCUCAGCCAGUAGAUUUGCUUCCUUUUCUACAGCGAGAAGAGAAGAGGCCAAUACGACCUAGAAACCCUCCUAUGCCUGUAACACCUGAGGUAAUCCUUCCAAUUGAUCCAUUUGUGACACCUGAAUUUCCUCGGUUUUCAAGGCUUGCACACUGGAUGGAUCUACGGGGCAUAUAUCGUGUACCGUUUUAUAUCAAUGGAAGAGAAAUUGAAAAAGAGUUCUUUCAAAAAAUGGACGAUGCAGAAAAGAAUCUCAACAAAGAGCACAUAAAUGUUGCAUUUGAAAUGCUAAAUUGUAAGAGGGUUGAGCAAGGUGCUUGGUUCCGCAACAACAAUCUUCCAGCAGCAUGCUUUGUACCAGUCAGAUUCUUAGAAGUGGUUGGGUACGCUUAUGAAUCUGUCAGGAAGCCACAUAAGAAAAAACAAACGUUAUUGGAGGGCUGUGUAGGCGAACUUGUGAAAGGUUUAAUACAUCCAAAGAAGGUAUGGCUGGAAGAUGUUGAUGUUAUAUAUGGUGUCAUUGAAGAUAAGUUGAGCUAUCACUAUAUUGGGGUGGAGAUACAAUUGAUUGAUAACACAAUCACACUCUUCCAUUGUGGUCUUCCAAAAGCAAAUAUCAAACGUGCUCUUAAUCAAAUCCAAGAACUGGCAGGUAAAAACUCUUUGUGAUUUAUUAAUUUUAUCAUUCAGUGUAGAAAAAUCAGUUUUAUUUAUAUUGUUACAUUGAUUAUGGAUAGGAUUGUGAAAGUAUGCGUAUCCUGAAAAAAGAAUUUUAGCUAAUUUAGAAAAUAAAAGUUUGUCUCUUGCUGCUUGUGCUUGUGAUGCAUUUUUACAUAUUCAUUUUGUUGUCUGUUGGUGAUUAAUUUAUUGUAUAAUUUUGGGUAUUUAUGACAGUGUUGAUUAGUGCCAUAAAGAUGGAACUUCUUGGUGAAGAGGUUAAUUUCGAAGAUAUCAGUCCAUUUCAAGUUAAGUUUGCAGAAGGGCUUCCAAAGACAAAAUUUCCAUACAACUGUGGUAUUUUUGUUGUGAAGAUGCUGGAAUGCAGGUCACUGGGAUUGAAGAGCAUGGCUAAUAUAAAUGAUGAAACUGCGAUGGACUUACGAAGCAAGCUAUGUUGUGAGAUCUUCGACCAGUUUAUGGAUAAAGAUUUCCAGGAAGGUCAAAGGAAGUGAAAAUGUCAUAUUUGUUCUGUUUUUUACUCUGUUUUUCUACUUUGACGUUAAUUAUCCCUAACGUUUAAGUUUAAGUUUGUAAUGAAUUAUCCCUAACGUUUUUUUCAUUUAGAUUGUUAUUGAAAAUUUUUUAGGA